AUGGUGGCAGCGGGUACCCCACCCGCCCCUCCCUCCGAUUUCCCAGUUACCCACGCACCACUCCCCAACCCCACGGUCGAGUACGCGUAUAACCUAGGCCCCAGCGCCCUUCUAGCCCCUGAGCCGUACGUUCCAGAGAGCAACAUUCACGAUUGGCUCCGAGACCUGGAUCUUUUUUUAGUCACGGUCCCCAUUAAUCAACGCACCUGCUACCUGAUACGUUUCCUGUCCGCCCCCGCCCGUAAGCGUGCCUUCGAUGCGGGAAUCGACCACACAACUCCGUUCAACGUAGCGCGUAGUACUUUUUGCAGCUCUUCCACACACCGUCCUCUACAGGAAUCGCAGCCGAGCGAUUCGCCACCCUAAGACAGACACGUGACCAGUCUGUCGAUGACUUCGCCAACCAGUUGUCCCAACUCGCCCUAGCGGCGUUCCCCAACCUCCCCCCACCAGACCGUAACGCCCUUAUACUGCAUCGUUUUAUAACCGGUCUCAGCGAUCCUAACGUUACAGACAUCCUUCUCCUUCAUCCCCCUACCAGCUUGACUGCCGCCAUACAACAAUGCCGGUUAUAUACGGCUUACCACCAAGACCGCAGACCCCAUCCAGUGCCCCUCACCGUUGCUCCUCGCUCAGAAUCACGCCCACCCCCUCGGAAGGUACACCUGCCCGUACGAUUCCCACACCAUAACCCAGGCUGUGAAUACUGCGCGGCAUUUGGCCCCGAUGCCCACCACUGCGGCCACAAUCCCCCCCCCCGUAAGUCGUCCCCCAUUGACAUUAUUGCUUUUUCUGUUCCAUAUUGUAACCACACGUUUACAGUUAAUGUUUUGCUCAAUAACCACACAUUACCGGCCCUUGUUGACACUGGAGCUAAUGCUUCCCUUAUCAAUGUUCGUGAUUUACCUCAAGAGUAUCUGAGACUCAUAGAACCUUCGUCAAAAGCCAGCAGUUUACGAGCUGCUAACGGGACAUGUAUUCCUAUUUCUGGUAGUAUCACUAUCCAGUUCGGCGUCAACGACUCCACACUGACUUAUAAUUUCCUAGUGACCCCUGUGAGCCCUUGGCCCAUCGUCCUAGGUCUUGACUUCCUCACAGAUAAUGAUUGCACCAUUUAUACUCGGCACAGACGCCUAGUGAUAGGCUCACCCAACUCCCCGACUGUAACGCCAGUCCCGUCAGGCGAUUUUGACCUCGCAUAUAACGCCGUUCUCUCAGCUGCAGCCUUAGAACCUACCCGUUUGGACGACGUCCUACCUACCCUUUCAACGGUCGGCCCCAUCGCCCAUAAACAACAAGGUAUACUACUCACUUCGUUUUCCGACCUGUUCUCCUGGUCCACGGACACCCUCGGCCGUACACGACUGGUACAACAUACCAUCGACACGGGUGACGCCAAACCCCUCUGGCACCUCCCCCCCGACGUAUCCCUGUUCGUUACCGUGAUGAAGUCGACAAACUUCCAGACGAGCUGUUACGGGCCAAGAUUAUCCAACUAUCUUCCUCCCCUUGGGCUUCACCUAUUGCGUUAGUUCCCAAGAAGGAUGGUUCUCUACGCCUGUGAUGACUACCGCCGUUUAAAUGCAGUAACAGUGAGAGAUUCAUUUCCGUUACCGAGGUUGGAUGAUACAAUAGAUGCGCUAGGCCAGGUUGCUUGGUUCUCAACCCUCGAUCUUAAGUCGGGGUACUGGCAAGUGGAAAUCCACCCCACCGACCGUCAAAAGACGGCUUUCACCGUCCCCCAGGGUUUAUAUGAGUUCCAAACGCUCCCCUUCGGCCUAUGCAACGCAGCAGCCACCUUCCAACGGUUAAUGUACCGUGUACUCCGUCAUCUCAUCCCCUAUAAAUGCCUCGUCUAUCUCGACGAUAUCAUCGUAUUCGGGCGUUCCACAGAAGAGCACAAUUCAAACUUACGGGAGGUGUUGGGGGCGCUCCAGGAAGCUGGCCUUACCCUCAACCCCACCAAAUGUCUUUUCCUCCCUUCCGAGGUUCAAUUUCUUGGCUACCUUAUUUUCCCCGGUCGUAUCUCCCCACUACCAGACCGGAUCAAACACAUACGUACGUGGCCGACCCCGACGAACCAAACGGAGCUGCGAAGUUUCCUAGGCCUCGCGUCGUACUACCGAUGUUUCAUUCGAGAUUUUGCCCAGAUCGCCGCCCCUCUGCACAAGUUAACCGAGAAAGGCCGCCCUUAUACAUGGUCCGCCGACUGCGACAUCGCAUUCAACAACCUCCGUGCGGCAUUAUGCUCGGCACCACUCCUAGCCCUUCCAAACGUGGACGACGACGCUCCCCCGUUCACCCUAGAUACUGAUGCAAGUGGAUUCGCCAUCGGGGCCGUAUUGUCACAAGUCGGUAAAGACGGCAUAGACCACCCUAUCUGUUCCGCCAGCAACACGCUGACCAAAACACAGCGUAACUACUGCACCUUCAGGAGAGAACUGCUGGCGAUCAUUAUGUUCAUUCGCCAGUUUAAACACCUCCUUGUCGGCCGAAGGUUUAUUCUACGUACAGACCAUCGAGCCCUACAGGGGCUACGUUCCAUCAAGGAUCCGAUGGACCAACUAGCCCGUUGGCAGGAGUUUUUACAGGACUUCGAUUUUGAGUGCCAGUUCCGCCCGGGUCACAAACACGGUAACGCGGAUGCACUGUCACGCCUUCCUAACACUACCAACCCAGCAGACGAGCCCCACGACGCGGCCGUUAACGCUAUUAUGGUUGCAGAACCAACCCGUUACAACUGGUCCUCAGCCCAGAGCUCUGACCCCGAUACAACUGUUAUCUAUUACCAUUUGACCCAAGGGUUAUCCAAACUCAGCGAACAAGCAAUGCGCGGAACGAGCCAAAACGCACGUUUGCUGUUAAACCAAUGGCCCCAUCUAGUCGUCCUACACGACAUCUUAUUCUUCCGCGAUCCCUCAUCCCAUCAUCUACGCCCAGUAGUUCCUGACUGUUUAGUUGACACCGUACUAGCCGACCUCCACUCAGAGUUAGGCCAUUCCGGCCAGCGCCGGACAGAGCUAGCCGCCCGCAUGCGCUUUUGGUGGCCGCAAUUACGCACCUCCGUCGCCCACUUCUGUCAAUCAUGUGCUACGUGUGCAUCCUUCAAAACGCCCAGCUCCACCCUCCGAGCCCCGAUGCAACCAAUGACCACUGGAUUCCCUGGUGAACGCGUCGGGCUUGACAUCAUAGGGCCGCUCCCCAUCUCUAUCCUCGGCUAUGAAUACAUCCUUGUCAUGGUGGACUAUUUCACUAAAUGGGUCGAGGCCACUCCCCUUCUCCGACAGGAUGCAACCUCUGUCGCGAACGCCAUCACGCGCACUUGGAUAAGCCGCUGGGGUGCCCCGUUAGCGUUCCAUUCAGACUGCGGCAGCAAUUUUGACUCCCAGUUAUUGAAGGAUUCUGCGACACCCUUCAGAUACACAAAACACGGACCACACCUUACCACCCGGAAGGAAACAGCCUUGUGGAACGCACGAAUAGCACGCUGCACAACCUCCUACUCGCUUUCUCUAAGGACAGCCAUGAGCACGACUGGGACGUACACCUGCCUUUCUGUCUCUUAGCCUACCGUGGCUCCGUCCAUUCCUCCACCGGUUUCACCCCCAACUACCUAUGGACCGGGCGAGACAUACGCCUGCCGAUCGACCUUCUCUACCCCUUACCCAGACCCGACGCAACCACCCCAAACGAUUACGCCACACGCUUACGCGAGAUCAUCCGUAGCGCACAUAACGCGGCCCGGACGACCCUAGGGAGUUCAUCACUCCAUCAGAAGGAACAGCACGACCGGCAUUCAUCCGGCACUAUGCAUCAGAUUGGUGACCUUGUCAUGUAUUACAACCCUUCGCACCCCCGCGGAACGUCCGCCAAGUUCCAUUACCCCUGGCAAGGACCCUUCGCCGUGUUAGACACCCCCUCCCCCACCACCCUGCUUAUCCGUGACGCCAUCUACCCCAACGCCCGCCCCUUUACCGCACACUUUGACAAGCUUAAGCCCUACCGAGGCCGCCUACCAACUUGCUCACCCGACUCCUUACCCGUACUCCCUGCUGACCAGGUCCCCCCGGUAGCUAUCGAGGUCACCGUCCCACCACCCCUUGUCGAUCUCAGCACUGAGGACAGUGCUCCACCUAAGGGGAUGGCUAUGUAA